GGCUCAGUGAGCACGCGGUUUAGUUGACUGGUCCACAUCAACAGUCAUACAGUUUUGUGGAAUAGCUUUCGAUGGAUAUUAAUGGUGUGAUUGGCGUAUGUUUGCUAUCCCUGCUCCUAAACGCACCACGUAUCAGUGCAACCAAAUUUCGACGCGUAGGAUACAAGUGCACUAUCUCUGAUUUGACCACCGCCGAAAGCUUCUUCAUUCUCAGUUACAUCCCGGAUAAAUGUCACUUUGUUGACAUCGUAAACGUUCAGAUGGCACAUCUCGACACAUCGGUACUAAAUCACGCACUACCGGCAGUGCGAAGUAUCAAAGUACAGGAAUCCGAUGCACUGUCUGCAUUGACCAUUUCGGCGGCUACUACACGGCUAGAGGUGCGUGUCUCGUGGACCAGUAUAAGAGAAAUUGAUUUGGAACCACAGACUCCGGUGCAAGUGUUGGCAGUUUCGAGCAGCAUUUUGGUGACCGUACCGCCCACAAUAUACCGAGGAACGGCACUAACAAAGAUCGAACUUACCCAUUCCGCUAUCCGGGCGGUCGAUAUGGCGCUGUUCUGUAAUUUAUCGCGGCUUCGAACGUUGACUUUCACCGCCAACAAAAUACGCACCCUGGUGAACAGUCGUUCGACGCCGUGCAAAGUGUACGAUUCGUUGGAGGAAUUGUAUUUGUUAGACAAUUUGUUAAAAACCAUAAGCAUGACCCUGUUUCAACCGUUUGCGAUGUUGAGCGUUUUGAAACUGCAGCAAAACUUAAUUCGACUGUUUGCGGGAAGCUUCGCGUCGGAUAUGCUACAGACGCUAGACAUUUCCUCCAAUAGGUUGAAAACGUUCUCACUGUGUCAAUGGAGAAUUCCGUUUCUUACCACACUUUCGCUUAAAGAAAACCAACUGUCGCAACUUCCUGCUUGCUUGGACAAUCUUAAAACCCUUACCGACCUGACGCUGGACAACAAUCGGCUAACAGUGGUUGAUUUUGUGGAGAUGGCUUGGUUGGAUCACCUGGAGCAUCUUUAUCUGUCCGGUAACAAAAUUCGAUCCCUAACGCUGAACAGUUCCGACUUUCCGAUGAAGUUGCGCGCACUGCACAUUGAUCGAAACAAUAUGACCGAACUCCGUUUGCUGUUUGUGCCGGGUGUUACGAUGAAAGUGAGUGCAGAAGAGAAUCAGAUUGCAUCUUUCGACAUUAAUGCAACUUCACCAAAAAUCAGUGAACUUAGUAUGAAAGGUAACCCGAUGGAUUGCUCGUGGAGGAGCCCGAAAACACGACUGAACAGUAACUGUUAUCGGAAUGUGUAGGAUGUGCCGCAAAGAAAUUGUCUUUAUUAGUCAAAUUGCUUUUAUUUAUGUUGAAGAAGAGGACUUGCCUUGAUUUUGGUUUUGAUGGCGGAUGUAAUAAUUAUUCUCGUCAACCACUCGUCAUCGUCAAAGAAUCGUCGAAAUUCUGAUCUGAUGAAUCACCGCAGCAAGCGGGGAGUCUUGACCCGGGAUUCUUCAUCCCGUGGAGUUUUUGUCUAAGCAGCAUAAGGAUUUAUUUGUUGGCAUCCGAACUACCACCCGGGUAUCCUUACUGACUCAUAUCUCAUCCAUCAAGAUUUGCAGUCUUUUUUUGAAUUUGUCAUAUUAUCCACAGUGCUAUUCGAAUUUGGCGUAAUAACUGCUCACCAAUGGAGAUUUGCAAAGGUAACGACGCCCAUUAACCUGUCAAAAGCCGUCUUGUAAAUACGUUUGGCUCGGUAAUUUUUCCGCCAUUGUUUAUCAAUCUAACACGAUCAGCUGUGCUUGUUAACACAACUACAAUAAAAAGGAUAUUGCAGGUUUUUUUUAAAUCACCUCUUGAUGUAGACUACAGGUAUCUCCCUACCUAGUUGAGCAGAGCUGAACUACGCUUACGUGUCUCAAACCUAUCUACCUAAAAUGAACAAUAAUAAUUGUAAUGCUCUCCAAAUGAAGUUCUUCAAGAUGGAAACUGUUAAUAUUUUGGAACUUUUAG